CGACUUUAAUGACUUCCACCACAACUUUAUUCUCGUAAUUAAUGAUUUUAUUACGACUUAAUUCUCCUAAGUAACAAUUCUAUUACGCCGCCACAGGGAAAGCCCACUGAGCAUGCGCAGAGGUACUAACCCGGAAGUGUAUCAAGUAAACAGUGAGCAGGGGCUCGUUGGUGGUUGUGUUCGCCGCUCUUUCUCUCUCUCUGUCCUCUUCUUGCUGAUCAAAUGUCGAAAAUCGAGAUGUUGAGAUUGUUGAUCAACCAGCGGCUCACCGCAGCCGCCGAGGAGAUCUUCGGAGUGUUCGGGAGAACCAUAGCCGAGUAUGAGGAGGAGAUCUCGCGGUCCAAGCUGGAGAUCGACCGUCAGCGCCGGCUGCUGGAGCUCUCCGUGACACCGCAGAUCUCUGUGGAGGUCAACAACUCAGGUGGGUUACCUGAGCUCAGGUCAAAGUUCACUCAGGACUCCUUCUUCUUCUUAAUUACAUCAUGUUUUAUUCUGUUUAAAUUAGUCUGUUAGUAAAACUCAGGAAGAGUUUUUAAUUUUUUGUUUCUUGUCUCAGAAAAGUUCACAAAAACUUUCAUUUGAAAUUUUCUGUUAUGACCUGUUUUUUAUUUAUUUUUCUGUGAAUCAUUAACUUUUUAAAAAACGGAUUUUUCUUCAGUUUCAGUUUUUUUUUUUAUAGUGAGACAGGAUCAGUGUUCAGGGGGAACAAACUACAAGUAAAGUAAAGACUGUUGGUGUUUUUAAGAAGAGGCUUUUUAACCUUUUUAACCAGGCUUUUCACUGAUUGUCUUUUUAUAUUUCUUUUAUUACAAAUGUUCAUUUUAAUUAAAGGUCUUAUUGUUUAUUUUAUUAAUAAUCUCUGUUCUUUGUCUUUUUCUUAACUCCUGUCUUAGAGGUUUUUACUUCUUUUACCCCUUUUACCUGGUGAAGAGCUCUUAUUUAUCUGUUCAUUUUAUUUAAUUUUCUUCUUUUAGUCCAUCAGAUUUUACUCUUUCUUUUUAUUAGGGCCCAACCGAUAUGAAUCUUUUGGGGCUGAUGCUGAUGUCAAUUAUUAGGGGGGAAAAAAAUCAAAUUACCGAUUAAUCGGCCAAUUUUUAAAUUUUUUAUGAAGAUUAAAAAUUUUGUUAAUUUAUGUAAUAUAUCUACAUAUUUACUUAUAUUUUUUGUUUCACAAAUUCAUCUUCAACUUUAUUUGUAUGGCACCUCUCAUACAAAAAAUGCAAUUCAAAAAACAACAAUAACAACAAUAAAACCCAACCCUCCCACCUACACACACACACACACACACACACACGCAUGGACCCACACGCACACAAAGGCACACACCCACCCUCACUCACCCACACAUACACACACAGAACCGCACACAGUGUGAGAAUUGAAGAUAUUGAAGAAACACUGGAGAUAAAAAAAAAAAAAGGUAAAAAAUAAAAAUGGUAAAAAGAAAGAGUAAAACCUGAUGGACUAAAGCAAGAAAAUAAUAUAAAAUGAACAGAUAAGUAAAAGCUCUUUACCAUAUAAAAUAAGGGGGUAAAAGAAGUAAAAACCUGUGACGGGAAAUUAAGAAAAAGACUAAGAACAGAGAUACUAAAUAAAUCACAUAAAAUAAACAUGAAGAACUUUGAUUAAAAUGAACAUUUUCGAUAAGAGAAAUAUGAAAGGCAAUCGGUAAAAAGACUGGUUAAAAAAGUGAGUCUUGAGCCUCUUCUUAAAAACAUCAACAGUCUCUGCAGCCCUGAGGUUCUCCGGCAGGCUGUUCUACAACUGGGGACCAGAGAAACUGAGCGCCGCCUCCCUGUGUGUUUUUGUUUUAACUUUGGUUUAAAAGGUUAAAAGGCCUGUGCAGGAGGACCUCAGGGUCUGCAAGGAUUGAUAUGGUAAAAGUAGAUCAGAUAAAUGGGAGGGGCCAAGACCAUUAAUACAAAAACUAUUAAAAGAACCUUAAAAACCAUCCUGAAACAGACGGGGAGGCAAUGCAGCGAUGCUAAAAGUGGCGUUAUAUGCUCCCUCUGGCCCUUGUCAGCACUCUUGCAGCUGAAUUCUGUAAAAGCCGAAGUGUAUGUAAGUUCUUCUUUGGGAGGCCAGAGAGCAGGGCGUUACAAAAAUCUAAAUGUGAGGAGAUAAAAGCAUGCAUCAGCACCUCCAUGCUGGCCUGGGAGAGAAACAGGCGGACUCUGGCUAUUUUCUUAAGGUGGUAAAAACCUACCUUUGCUAUGUUUCUGAUGUGUGGAAUAAAACUGAGCUCAGAGUCGGAAAUUACGCCCAGGUUUUUUACAGAUGUUGAUACUUUAAAAUCUUGUAGUUUUGGUGAAAGUGUCUCUCUCAGGCCUUCAGGACCAAGAACUAUAACCUCUGUUUUGUCCUGGUUGAGCUGCAGGAAGUUUGCUGCCAUCCAGGACUUAAUGUCUAAAAUGCAAUUUCAAAGGGCAUCAAUCGGCCCGCGAUCAUCAGGAGACACAGCCAUGUACAGUUGCGUAUCAUCAGCGUAGCUGUGGAAGUUGAUGCUGUGCCUCCUGAUGAUGUCCCCCAGGGGAAGCAUGUAAAGGUUAAAAAGAGUUGGACCUAAAAUUGACCCCUGGAGAACCCCACACAUGGCUGCUUUUGAGCCUUUCAAAAGCUUCUUCAAAGAAUUAAAGGCAGAAAACUCGUUUCAAAUCCUUUUUAUUGCUGAAGCAACUGAAAAAGAAUGAGGUAUUUUGUUUUAAGUGCAAACAGUUAAGUUAACUUCCAACUCUUUUGCUCAAGGCGAAGUGGUCCCACACCUUGCUUCGCUCGCUCUCUUUUGAUGUCUGUAAAAACAACAACAAAAAGGAAUAAAGUGAGAGAACAGCAAGUAUGCAUUAAAUAUGCAUUGUUUAAAAGAAUCUCUCUAGUUAUAUAUGGGCCAUUUUCAAACUCAUAGCCUACAUUUUUCUUAGUUGUGUUUACAUAAUAUGACUUACACUACACCCCUGGCUAUUUAUUUUAACUGUAAUAAACAUGAUAAUCUAAUUCUUUUCAGCUUAUUAUUCAGACUGUAGCGGGUGUGAGUCUAUAUAUCACAGUAUAAAAAAUGAAAUUUAACAGUUUUUAUUGGUCGCAUGUCUUUUCCAAUACAAUAAUCUACUGUAUCUGUGAGGUCUUUGUGUCUCUUUGACGUUUUUUCGUAAGGCGUUGCUCUAGAGAAAGUUGACUGAAUGGUCGUCUGUUUCAGCUGCUCAGGCGCCAUGAGCUCCUUACUCCUCUCAGGGUUUGUAACCUUUUGCGUUGCGUGUGCUCUGCGGUGAGUCGCUGCUUCAGGUGGUGAAAAAGAUUGGAGGUAUUCCCCGACUUUGUGAGAACAUGUACUCGACAUAAUUUACAGUCCACAUUACUCUGCUUCAUGUCCGACCUCAAAAAAACAAAAUACCUCCACAUCAUCGAUGUUUUCGUGCCAGUGUUGUCGACGUCAUCUGUUGAGCCUUUAUGAUCAUUUCUGUCGGGGGUAGCACUCAUUUUCUUUUUUUCUUACCAACAGUGCUGUCGGCUUCACCUGUUAAAGUGCUAUGGUUGGGUGUAGCUGCUGUCUGCUACGACGCAGUUGUUUGAUACUUCGAUCUAUUUCAGCACAUGAUUGAUUCAGUGCGAAGCGAACCCGGAGCAACUCCUCUUUUCAUUGGCUAUUCGCAUAGUCUACCAAAACAUGGCAGAAUGCCGACUAUUGAAAUGCAUAUUGACCAUGUUUUAUGUUGAUAUUGAGGGAAAUAAAUUUUUAAUAUAUAUUGUUAUCGUUUUAUCGCCCAUCCCUGAGUUUGACAGGAGCAGUGUUGUGGGUAAUGCACAAAGUAAUAGAUUACAGUAACGAUAUAAAGUAAUGUACUCUACUAAAAAAAAUCUGUAACUUAGUAACUUCACUAACCAAUCGAAACAUGCCUUUCUGCGUCACAUCAGCUGUGUUUCCCUGUGUGCAAAGUUCUGAUCUGUUAAAGUGGUUUGUGUGUGUCUGCUGCUUGUGCAUCUGUGACAUUAGGCAGGGGUUUGGUGUUCAUAAGGAUCAGUUUCAUCUCUUUUAUUUUUCUUGAUAUCAAGCCUUUGGACUAGGCCUGAACGAUAUAUCGUUUGACUAUCGUCAUCGCGAUGUACGUGUGUGCGAUAGUCACAUCGCAGAGCCUGCGAUAUUGGAGGUGAAUGAACUCAUUUAAUUUCAAGGGUAACUGACUGAGAUACACUCCAUGUGACUCUGCAUGUGCUGUGCAGCGAUCCACCAAUCGCCUUCGUCCUUAACUCAGUUGCCAAUCAGACUCACUUCUCAGCUGCCAAUCAGACUACCCUGCCAGCUGUCAAUCAAAAUCAGGGAGGAGAAAACCCACCCCUGCACAUGUUCUGCACAUGGAGGGAGACGUGUGUCCGCUGAGAAUUACUUUCGGAACUUUACUCAUGACUAUUAAGCCCAACAAAUAAGAACUGUAUGGGUUUUAAAUUGUACAUUUCCGUGGACCACUCUACUAUAAGCAGUGCGCGUUUUGCGAGGUGCAUGCAAUUCUCGGAGGACAUGCGUUUCUCGGCACAACACCGCUAACAACAACAACAACAACGAUCGCAAAAUGAACAACGAACAAGCGAAAACCACCGAAAAUGAAGAUUUGUUGCCAAAAAGAAAAGGAAAGUCAGUUAUCUGGAAUUAUUUCGGUUAAAAGAAGGAUGAUGUCGACCAAAACACGUCUUCUGUGUUCAUCUGUUGCCACAAUAACGUCCCAGCACAAUAAAAGCUAAAAAUAUCUCUGAGACAGACAGAAGCCAUUCUAACAUUCACAAAAAGAGGUAAGAUCAGAGCAGAUUAACUGUCCUCAAGAUUUCAGCAGUGCAGCAUAACAUUAAGUGCUAUUCAGGUCAUCUGGUGAAAAUACUGUAUUUUUAAUAUCGCAAUAUAUAUCGCAGGGUUGAAAAAAUCGCAAUAUUAUUUUUUUCCAAUAUCGUGCAGCCUUACUUUGGACCAUUGUCCAGCUUGUCUUUGAACGCUCUGACAGUCUGUUCUUAGUGGGAUUCAUUUUUUCUCUGGUGUUUUUUUCUCACUGUGUCAGUGUCUCGUAGCCUCCUUGUCAAAUGUAAACAAAAGUUUCCUUCAAAGAUGCAUUUUGCAAUCGUGUGGCCUUUGAAUAUAGACAGAUCGAUUUGAGUGACGUAGCUGCUUAUGCGAAAGAGAGAUGGAAAUGGAGACAGAGAUGGCGGCGCUUCAUCUCAGGAGAAGAUUUUUUCAUCAUGGAUGUUUCCCAAAGUUGGUGUUUUCAAAUUUGUGUGUUACUGCCUCAUAUCCUUCUUUAUCCUGUUGUGUGACAGUGAGUGAUUGUGUUUGCCCAUGUGCCUCUACACAAUAAAUUAGAGCAAAGUAAUAAGUUCUGAAGUUACUUUUCAAAUGCAGUAACUAGUUAAAUAAUCUCUUUACAAUUUACAGAAGUAACUAGUUACAAGUAAAUAAUGACUUUUUAAGAGUAACUCCCCGAUCACUGAACAGGAGUAUUAAAGAGAUGAAAUCACACUUUCUAUGGUUCCGGUUUUAAUCCUGUCCUGUCUUUGGCAGCUCUCCCUGAACAGCAGAACUGGAGUCAUGGUCUGGACCUGAACCAGUUAAAACCUCCUGUUGUCAAAGCCGAGGAAGAGGUGACUGAUGGUGGGAAGUUGCUGUUAUUCAGUAACAGUGGUGUGAAAACUGAGGAGGAAAAUGACCCUAUGACCUCCUCGCUCUCAAAGUUCCUGCAGCCGGACCUGGUGGACUCGGAGAUGGACCCUCAGCCGGGCACUUCAGUCCCACAGAGCUCCUCAGACCCUGAUGAAGACGCCUCUGAGAAUGUAGAUCUGGCCCCAGGUAACGGUCAGCUGGACUGUGAGGACCUCGAGCAGACUGUGUCUGAGGUGGUGGACUCGUAUAUUUGCACCAUCUGCGGCCGAGCCUUCGCUCAGCGCUGUCACUGGGCCAAACACGUGCAGGUUCACCGGAAGGUGGGCUCCAAAGGGGACCGCUCCUUCACCUGUGACCUCUGCGGGAAGAGACUCACACGCUUUGAUGGCUAUCAGAAACACAUGAGGGUUCACACGGGGGAAAAACCGUACAGCUGUCAGCACUGUGGCCGGAGAUUCAGCGACAACUCCAACUUCAAGCGGCACAUCCGUACACACAUGGCGCAGAAAAACCAAAACAGCUGAGGCCAACAGGAGGGGUGGGCGGGGUCACAGUGACGCCCAUUUUACUGUCAUUUUAAUCUGAUUGUGCGUCUUUUAAACUUCUGAAAGUUCUGAAAAUCUGAAAAUAUAAACUCAAAGGUUUAAAAUCUUCAAGUCUUUAGGUCCUUACACACCAGGCACGAAUUCGCCAGGCGAAUUAUUCGCCUUUUUUUAAAACAGCAUAAAGUCAAUGCAAGCUUCCACACCGGCGGCAAUUUUUCCGUGGAGUGAAAGCGUCUUUUAUUUUUUCGCUCUUGUGUCGAAUUUUUGGGAGAUUCGCAGGCGAAUAUCUGGACCUGCUAGACCUCUGGCCAAUCAAAAGUCAUGUUGUUGAUGACAUCACAGACCCAUGCGGCUGCAGUUCACACGACACACACCACCACUGGCACCAAGAGCAACGAUGGGAGGGAGGCUGGUAAUUGCGGUACAGGACCAUCCCGUGUUGUGGGACAAGUACCAAAGACAAUAUAUAUUUAUUAAUUCGCUUUGCAAAAUUUAUACGCAUAUUCGCUUCGCGCCCGGUGUGUAUAAGCGAAAGCGAUUUUUCGGACCGGUGAAUAUUUUUGCAUUUUCAUCUCGCUUUUUUGCUUCGCUCCACAAAUUUGCUGGUGUGUAAGGACCCUUUGACUCUGAUGUUGGAGGGUGGUCUCUCUAUGCAGCUGAAUCUCGUAAAUGAACACAUGAAGUUUGUGUUUUAGAAAAAUUAGAGGAAGUGAUCGAGUCAGAAGAAGAAGAAGAAAUAAAAUGAGGACUGAGCUCCAUGUCACAGCUGAGACAUGACAGUUUGAAAUCUUCUCCUUGUGAGUCUGGACGUGUUAAAGAAGACGAAGAAGAAGAGGAAGGAGAGGUCUGCUUUGUAUUUUUAUAACAAUUCUAUUUUAAAUAACUUUUCUACGGUUCUUUCUAUGGUCAGUUUGCAGAGAGUUGAAUUCUCAGGAGUGAAAUGGUUCAGAGAGUCUAGAGUUUGAAUUAAUGGGACACUUAAUCAGCAUUGUUUUCUUUUUAUGGGCGAUUUUUGCCUUUUAUGGAUAGGACAUAGGACAUUGAUAGGACAGGGGGAAAUGUGGGGAGGACAUGCAGCAAAUGGUCGGGGCUGGACUCGAACCCGCGACCGGAGCGGGAGCUGUGGUGUCCCUACCUGUGGUGCCCUAACCCGCUCAGCCAUCUGCGCCGUUUUAACAGUUGUUUUCGACAUUUUUGAAGAAACAAAGUUUUCAAGUUUGAAAUGAAAUCACAGUUUUUUUCUUCCUUUUUUUUUUUGCUUGAGUUCAAAUCCACGUUUCCUCAAGUAUUUCUGGCCUGCUGUGAUCAACCGAACGAGAGUUAGGGUGAUUAAAGUUUGAAAUAGAAUUUAAAAUAUAUUUAUUUGCAAGUCCAUUUAUAGUAUGAUGUAUCUAAAUACAGAUUUUAAAAGGGAUGAAUUUAUAAAGCCAGAAACAUGUCGUCCUUAGAGUCAUUAUGGCGUCCAUGGAAACAGAUUCGUUGAAACAUUUUCCUUACUGUCGUUGAGUUUUGACCAAUCAGAAUCAAGCAUUAAACAGCCAGAUGUGGCCACCACGUCUAAGCUUGUCCUGAGUCCUCCAAAGAGUUUUUCAGUUUGAUAAUAUUUUAAUCAAACGAGGAUUCAUGUCAUGAUGUGUUUGGUGGAGAAAACCCCGAGUCCUCUGGUCAGCUGCUCUUCCUCACCAGCAGGUGGCAGCAGAGAACUUUAUCCAGAACUAGGUCUUAGUCAAACUUUGAAGUGGGGUUCAUACUCAAUACAGUAACUCUAGAAAAUAAAUCAUUUUGAUCGUCUACAUUAUAGGAUAUGAUUCAUCGUUUUAUUGAACACUGCAGGAACUUUUGGGGUGAACUUUAUUCAGGAGUUCAGGCCUUUCAACUGGAAGUCUGAACCUUUCGAGGGACUCUGUGUGGUUUAACAGUAGAAACCAGGGUCUAGGUUAAGUACAGAGGUCCCAGCUCAGUGUAAAUGUGUCCUUUGUGUGAAAGAGACUAAAACACGCUCAUAAAGAACUUUUAAUUAAACCCUUAAAAGAGAAACCUGACCUCUGACCUCCUGUCUGUUUUUUUUUUAACUAUCGCCGAAGGAAUAAAAAUAUGAGCUCUCCGUGAUGGUCAACAGUUUCCUUUAUUAACACCAUCUUCAUCAUCAUCACGUUCAUUUAUAGCAGUAAGGUAAGCAUAAUAGCUUUUGGUGCAUUGUCAUUCAAAUAGUAGUUUUAGUUACUUAAAGUUUCAUAAAAAUGUCAGCGUAUAGUUUGAUAAAAAUGUCAUAGUAUAAUAUAAUAGAAAUGUCAUUGAAGAGUAAGUGAAAGAUUACAUAUUUUAUUAUGAAAAAAAGGUAAAUGAUGAAAGUAUGUUAAAAAUUUUAGAGUGAAAGAAGAUUUCAUAUUUAAGUAUGAAUAUUAA